GAUCGGAAGAAUACCGGAGAUACCGCAGGUGCGCACUCGCUCAGGGAAUUUAAUGUUGGUGACGACUAGUGAUAGUCACCAAGUUUCGAAUGAGCUAGGAUAAGUGUACAAAAACUGGUGUCCCGUCUUCAUUGCACGAUAAUAAAUUCAGCUGCUGCAUUGGUUUAUGAGAUGGUGUUCCUUCAACUAUUUCUACUGCUAUUCGCCAUCAAUACCACCAGAAGCAACACUCCGCUCCAGAAUAUAUUCGACAACCUCAGUUUGAUGUUUCUGUAUGGCAACGGAAGUGCCGGUAUUCCGGACAUAGCCGAGUUCCGCAAGGAGUACGAUUUCAUAGUGAUUGGAGCAGGAUCCGGUGGUUCGGUGGUGGCUAAUCGUUUGAGUGAGAACAAAAACUGGAACGUGCUGUUGCUCGAGGUGGGUAGGGAAGAGAAUCUGGUGGCCAAUAUUCCGCUGACAGCAGGCUUAACAACAGCCACAAGAUUCAGCUGGGGAUACCGCUCGGAACCGAUGCAAAACGCUUGCAAAGGCUUAGAAGGGGGAGUUUGCUAUUGGCCAAAGGGCCGUGGGUUGGGCGGGACCAGUCUCAUCAACUUUCUGCUGUACGGCAGAGGACAUAAGCGGGAUUUUGACGAGUGGGAAGAAACUGGUAACACCGGAUGGAGCUACAAAAACGUUGUAAAAUACUUUGAAAAGGCUGAGAAAAUCAAAGGUCAAAAGCCUAAUCCCAAAGGUUAUCUGCACAUUGAACACAGUUCUUAUGAAACACCUUUGCUAAGAAAAUAUAUUGAGGCUGGCCAGGCCCUGGGUUAUAAGCAGAUUUCCCCCAACGAUGAAACUCAACUUGGCUUCUACAAAGUUCUCGCAACGAUGAAAAACAGCGAGCGAUGCAGUGCUGCUAGAGCAUACCUCCGACCAGUAGCAAAUCGCAACAAUUUACAUAUUUCCAUGAAAUCAUGGGCGACCAAAAUACUCAUCGAUCCGAAUACAAAAUCGGCGUAUGGAGUUGAAAUCAUGAAGAACAAGCAGCGAUACCAGAUCAAGGUCACUAAAGAAGUAAUUCUUUCAGCAGGAGCCAUUGGAUCGCCACAACUGCUAAUGUUGUCGGGGAUCGGACCACGUGACCACCUCGAGUCAUUGGGGAUCCCGGUUAUACAAGAUUUGAAAGUCGGGUAUAAUCUGCAAGACCAUGCUACUCUGUCGGGGCUCGUAUUCACUGUAAAUAAACCAGUUACCAUAAGAGAGCAGGAUAUGAGGCGACCUGAGAAUUUUCUCAACUAUGCACUCAACAGGAAAGGACCAUUUACGGUGCCAGGAGGUGCUGAGGGCAUCGCCUUCGUUAAAAUCAAUAACUCCGAUUUGCCGACGGAUUAUCCGGAUAUGGAAUUCGUGCUGGGAACCGGCGCGGUUAACAAUGACGAGUCGGGAUCACUGCGCCAUACUUUCGGAAUGACAAAGGAAUUCUAUCGAAAAACCUACGGUACGGCAAGGGGCAAGCAUGCAUUCGGAAUCGCUCCAGUGUUGAUGAGACCACGAAGCCGUGGUCGUGUGUACUUGAAAAGCACCAAUCCGUUCCAAUGGCCUCGGAUGGAAGGAAACUACUUCGACCAUCCCAAGGAUAUGUCCACUAUGAUCGAGGGGAUUAAACUGGCUGUACAGAUAGGUGAAUCCCCAAGUUUUGGAUCGUACGGAUCCAAACUGCUCGCCGUUCCUUUCCAUGGCUGCGAAGGCGAGCGUUUUCGCAGUGAUGAAUACUGGAAGUGCUGCUUACGGCAGGUUGGAGCAAGUAUUCAGCACCAAUCUGGUACAUGCAAAAUGGGACCAUCUAGCGAUUCAAACGCAGUUGUUGAUCCGGAGCUUAGAAUCCAUGGUGUUCGCAAUCUGCGCGUUGCUGACGCGUCAAUUAUACCAACACUACCUUCAGCUCAUACCAACGGAGUGGUGUUUAUGAUCGGUGAAAAGGCAGCCGAUAUGAUAAAAAGAACGUGGGCCAACAAUGUAGACAGUUAACGACAGUCAUGGAACUAGUUCAGCGCCUAGGGUAAACAGCUCCAGAAUAAGACUACCCAUUAGAUCUUAUUAUAGGAAAUUUAGAUUAACUUAUUAAGCUAUUCUAGUCACAAUUGUUUUUUUAUUUUGUCAUUUGAAUAAUGAAUACUUUUUUACGGGUUGCAAACACGGAUAAAAUUGGAUUUUGGAAUCGAACUUGUCACAGACCACUCUGUGACAAACAUGAAAAGGGUAUCCUUUAUAGACUUCCCGAGAACUAGGUUUCCAUUUCCGAGAUAAGUGAAAGUCAUAAGACAAGUAGCAACGGUUUAAAACACGAGACAAACUCGAUACGGGUUCGUUGUAACCGUAAUUUGGACGCGAU